UUAUAUACUGUAUUAAAAUUUAUGUAAUACAAUACAUAUCUAUAGUAUAAUAUAAUUUAUAAUAUAAGCCUAACGUUUAUGUAUUAAAAAAUAAAAUAAAAUAACUAAUAAUAAUGGAUAAUAAUAGUGAAGCAAAUGUUUCUAAUGAAACACAAAAUAAUAAAAUUAUUAAUAAUACGAGUGAUUGUAAAGACAUCAAUGAAAUAGACUUCGAGAAGAUAGAGCUAAUAAAUGGUGAGACACCACAUGAUAUCAAACACAGAUGUCUUAAACUAUGUCAACAAUAUUUGGCCGGAAAUUGGUUGCAACAGACAGUCGACACAAUUAAAGUAAAGAGAUUGACGGGUGGUUUGACUAAUCAACUAUACUAUUGUGGUAUUGAUAAACAAUCUACAGAUGAUCUACAAGAAACACCUAAUGAAGUGGCCAUUAGAUUGAAUCCAUCAAAAGACACACUUAUUAGCGAUUCUGAUAAAAAUAAAUGGCUUUCUGAAGUAGUGGUAUCACUGAUGGUCUCACAAAACAAAUUGGGACCAAAAAUAUACGGUAUCUUUGAUUGCGGACAAAUACAGGCGUUUUAUAAGCAACGACCGUUUAAAGUCAAUGAACAAAACGAUCCAAAACUGGUUACAGAAUUGUUUGAGAAGUUAGCUCGAGUUCAUGCCAUGGAUGUGCCCAUCAAGAAGUCUGAAUGGUUUUUGAAUGAAUUGUACAAAUUCUAUGAUAAAUCUACCAAAAAGACUGAGUUAUUUGCUUUACUUAAUAAAUCAGAUAUUUUUGCUAAAAAUAAUUUAAAAGACGAAAUCAAUUGGAUUAGAGAUAUCAUUCAAAAGUCUGACAGUCCUCUAGUCUUCACACAUAACGACUUCCGAAGUAAUAAUAUAAUGGUUUUGGAGAACAGUAUUCCCGAAACCGGUCAACAAAUAGUAUUGUGUGACUUUGAUUCAUCCGGUUAUGGCUAUCGGGGACAGGAUUUCGGUGCAAUAAUGUCUGAAUGGGGUCGCACUCCAAAUGAUGUCAAAAAACCGCAUUACUUUCCCGACGAUUCUAUUUUGCGGUCAAUAUUUGAUAUCUAUGUCAAAGAAACGGAAAGAUUGUUUGGCAAAGAGUAUUGCGAAGCAAAACGAGUAACAAUUGAUGAGAUUAUCAAAGAGACAAAAGUUUAUAUGUUAUACUAUAGACUGUUUGUUGUUGUCUACUAUAUGGGAACCGAUUCAAAAGCAGCUUUUUUUGCUAUGACUAACACAGUAAUGGUGCAAAGAGUCGAAAUUGCAUACAAUAAUUAUUUUCGUUUUAAGGAACAAUUUAUUCAACAAUAUUUAGUUUAA